AUGAAGCGCCCAACCAUGAAGCGACCUCACCUGCACGUCGAACAGCCACACACGACUUUCUCGGAGGGUAACUCGAGAUGGACAAACAAAGAUCUCGACCCUGUAGCACCCCAAGACCGAAAAUGGGGCGUCACAUCGUUCAUCGCAUAUUGGAUCUCUGAUGCCUUCAACGCCGCGACAUGGCAGUUUGCUGCGGGCAUCGUCGCUGUCGGACUCACCUGGCGCGAAUCACUCGGCAUUGUCGCACUCAGCUUCUUCAUCGUCUCGAUCGUUAUUGCUUUCAACGGCGCCAUCGGCGUGCUUCACCACAUCCCGUUUCCUGUCAUUGCAAGAGCAUCCUGGGGCUUCUGGGGCUCGUACGUUGCCAUUAUCUCUCGUGCGAUUCUCGCCAUUUUCUGGUAUGCCAUCCAAACAAUGAAUGGAGCCAACACCGUGCGAGUGAUGAUUGGCGCCAUCUGGCCGUCGUUCUUGACGCUCAAAAACACGAUACCGGAGUCGCAGGGUAUCGAUACGGCCACCAUGAUCUCGUUCUUCUUGUUCUGGCUCGCACAGGUACCGUUCCUGUUGAUGCACCCGAAUCAGCUGAGACUGUUGUUCAUGGCAAAGACGGCAAUCGUUCCUGCAGCGUGGAUCGCGAUCAUGGGAUGGGCACUGGCAACGACUGAUGGAGGCGAGCUGUUCGAUCAGAAGCCAACACUGUCAGGCAGCGCGUAUUCAUGGGCGUUUCUCUCCUCGAUGACGUCUGUGAUUGGCAACUAUGCAACUCUCUCUGUCAAUCAGUCAGACUUCUCGCGUUACUCUCGAGUCUCUGUGAAGUGGCAGUGCAUCUAUGUCCCGAUGCUGCCCAUGUUCUUCGUCUUCAUUGCCUUCAUCGGCAUUGCUUCGUCCUCGGCUGGGCAGGUGCACUACGGAGUGCUCGAAUGGGAUCCUAUGGCUUUGGUGGCAAACUGGGACAAUCGUGCUGCGCGUUUCUUCGCGGCGUUCUCCUUCGCCCUUGCGGCACUCGGCGUGAACAUCUCGGCGAACAGUCUAAGCGCGGCAAACGACCUGAUGGCAUUGAUGCCACGUUACGUCAAUAUCAGACGAGGGCAGCUUCUUACCGCAUUCAUCUGCUGGGCUCUGGUACCCUGGAAGAUCCUGGCUUCGGCAGGAAGCUUCCUGAAUUUCAUGAGCGCAUAUGCUAUCUUUCUUGGCCCAAUCGCAGCGAUCAUGCUAUUCGACUUCUGGGUCAUUCACGGAAGAAAGUACGACACUGUCGCCCUGUACAACCCGCACGGCAUCUAUCGAUACACAGGUGGUGUGAAUUGGCGAGCCAUCACUGCCUUCUUGGUCGGAGUAGCUCCGAGCCUGCCAGGCUUCGUCAAUGGCAUCAACAACAACGUCGACGUGGGUGCAGGAAUCCAUCCGUACCAGUUUGGCUGGCUCUUGGGUUUUGUUGGCUCCGCUGCAGUGUACACGACUCUUUCUUUGCUCCUACCUGCCAGAGAGACCUUCAUCGAUCGUGCGGUUCGCCCAGACGAAAUCUUCGCUCAGCAGGGCCAGCUCACGGGCGAAAGCGCCAGCGGCAGUGAUCUAGAAGAGACUGGCCAUAGGGUGCCGCAGGAGAAGGAGAAGUCUGGGUUUCGGUCUCGCAUUGAGCACAAAGUCGAACGGUUUCUUUAG